CACGGCCGAGGCGGGGCUGCCGCUCUGCGAAAGAGGAGCCGUGCGCCCCGCGCUUCCCGGCCCCGCUGGAACAGCAGGGAGAUAGCCAAAAGCAGCUCUGUUGGCCUUCCCGAAGCUCGCCCUUUAAACGAAGGGACAGCUGGCUCCAGGCGUGGCGGGACAAAGCUGGGGCUCGGCCCGGUCCUACCCGCCGGCUGUCGGGGUGCAGGGGCCGCUUCCCCGCUUUGCUGGGCUGUGCCGGGCCGGCGGCGGGUCUCUCCCCGGCUCCAUGUUCAUAUUUGGCGUUGGCUGCCGGUGCCCAGGAAUUUCCCGUCAUGCUCCCCGGGCGGCGGGCCCGUCGCUGCGAUCCCGGGGGGCGGGAGGGCCGGGGCCGCUCGCUCGCUCCCUCGGGCCUCCCUCGUGCGCGCUGCGCCGCCGCCGCCGCUCCUCAUUCUGCUUUGCCUGCCGCUGGCGGCCGCCGCAGGAGCCCCAGCUCUUGCCCCUGUUCUUUGCCUCUGGUUUUGUUGGUGAGGAUAUCACAGUGAUGUCUGCAUUCAACCUGCUGCAUUUGGUGACAAAGAGCCAGCCAGUGGCCCUGCGAGCCUGUGGGCUUCCCUCAGGGUCAUGUAGGGAUAAAAAGGACUAUAAGGUGGUCUUUUCCCAGGAGGAGCUGAGGAAGCGGCUGACACCCUUGCAAUACCAUGUCACUCAGGAGAAGGGGACUGAAAGUGCCUUUGAGGGGGAGUACACACACCAUAAAGCUCAAGGAAUAUACAAAUGUGUUGUUUGUGGGACUCCUUUAUUCAAGUCAGAAACAAAGUUUGACUCUAAUUCAGGUUGGCCUUCCUUCUAUGAUGUGAUCAGUCCCGAUGUAGUUACCUUCAAUGAUGAUUUCUCCUAUGGGAUGCAUCGGAUCGAAAUAUCCUGCAGUCAGUGUGGUGCUCACCUGGGGCAUAUUUUUGACGAUGGACCUCGCCCAACUGGCAAACGGUACUGCACAAACUCUGCUUCGUUGUCUUUCAAGCCAGCAGACAAGAGUAACACCGGGGAAGGCAGCAGCAGUGCCAGUCCUGCCCAAACAGGCAAAGCUGAGCUGUAGCAUGGAGCAAAGAUUGCAGAGAACUGCACUGAUCCCACACGGCUUACAAGGAAUGUUUUCUAAGUUGCCUGCUCUCUUCUAGCCUAAGAAUGUUUAAAUGUACAAAAGCAUUUUGCACCAUCCUUCUUCUUCCUCACCUUUCCAGAACUGAGGCCUUACCUGCUGGUACAUUUACUAUAUCAUUGGAUUGAGAAAUGUGUUGACUGAUGCCACAGGUUUUCUUUUCCUUUCUUUGCUUUGAGAUUGCUUUGGGGGAUCCUUAAACAGAGAGGCUUUGGCAUCAUUAUUUAUUAGUUGCCUCUUGAUGCUGUGUUACUCUAGGUUUGAACACUAUUCCUUUUUCUUGUGUGGGAGAUAAGACUUGUGUUUUACCUCCAGUCUAUAGGGAGCUGCUGGGCAUAAGAAAAUCCUGAAUUCCUAGCGCAUCUCUGCUUUGUCCUGACUUGCGAGGCAUGCAGCCUUUGGUCAUAGGUAUUCAGCCAUCUCCUAGCAUCAGCCGCGCCCUGCACAAACUCGUAGUUACGGCUGCUCCUUCCCAAUUGAGAGAGAUGCAUGAGAGGCAAAACCCUUUCUUUGGCUGAUUUGCUGCCGAAAUUUCAAGGGUGUGGUUGAAAGGAUGUAAACAUUGUCUCAGCAUCUAUUUUCCCCUCCUUUGUUUGGUAUUUAAAUCAAGAUUUUAAACUAGUAAGACUACUAACAAGGUGUGGUCUUUUUCUGAGGCUGGUUCAAUGACUGAAAUCUGAAUUAAAGUUGA